AUGGCCGAGACGGCUUCAGUAAACAAAUCCUACUUCAACGAUGAAGCCUCGAACUAUGACGCGAAGCAUGAGAAGAGCCUGCGGCAACUCACUGAGGCUAUCCAGGCUCGGCUCGAUUUUAUCGGGGUUGACUGGGUGAAUGACGACGACGAUACGGCAGACGGGGUCGGGUCGAAACAAGUGAGACUUCUGGAUUACGCCUGUGGGACGGGUAUGAUCUCGAGGGCGUUGGCUCCCUACACAACACAGUGUGUUGGGAUUGACUUAUCCGAAAACAUGGUUGCGGCUUACAAUGCUCGCGCUGAAAACCAAGUGAGUGUCUCACUGCGCCCACUCAGCAGCGCCUUUGAGCUCGCUGGCCUAUCCAAAGACGAAAUGUUCGCCUUCCAUGGCGACUUAGCUGUAGCAGACGAUCCCAACCCCCCAUCGCUCUCGGGUCCUGAGUUCUUCGAGUUCGAGCUCGCAGCCGUAGGGGGCGGUUUCCACCACUUCGCCGACCCGGAGCUGGCCGCCAAACGCAUCGUUGAACGGCUACGGCCCGGCGGCGUCCUGGUCAUCUGGGACUUCUUGCCGCACGACCAUCACCAGCAUCAUCCUCACCCGGUGGCGAAUACCGUUGUCCACCAUGGGUUCUCCAAGGAGAGGAUCAGGGAGAUAUUCGAGAAGGCGGGUGCGGGCAAGGGAUAUGCCCUGGAGGAUUUGGGAGCUGCGGUUGUGAUUGGGGAUGGGACUAAUUUGGAGAGCAGGAAAAGGCGGGUGUUUCUUGCUAGGGGGGAGAAGGCUGCUUGA